UCUUUCGUCUCCAUCGAUGAUGCCCUUCCAAGACUUGGAUCCCUCCACCGUUCCACUGUUCCUGUAUCCUUGGUCCACUUCUGCCGAGUUGUAUUGCUUUCCUGCAGUUCAUCUUCCACCAUGUCCGCCGAGAAGUCCGACGUCGCGGUCGGGGGUCACGCCGAAGAGCGCCAUGUUGACGCUCCGGAAGUCGACGCAGCCGUCCAUAUUGCUCACCAGACGCAAGAUGGCACUUAUUCGCCCUGGACACCGCACAUGUUUCGACUAUACGCCGUCUUGUUCAUUGCCUACCUCAAUGGAGCGCUCAAUGGUUACGAUGGGUCCCUUAUGGGUGGCCUGAAUGGAAUGAAAUCGUACUUGAACUACUUCCACAAAGAGACCGUGGACGAGAGCACCGGGAUCAUCUUCGCCAUGUACAACAUUGGGAGUGUCGCCGCCGUCUUUUUCACCGGACCUGCAAACGAUUACCUCGGUCGCCGAUGGGGUAUGUUCAUUGGAGCUGCCAUUGUUAUCAUCGGCACUUGUAUUCAGGCCACAACCAAAACCUCUGGCCAAUUCCUUGCUGGACGAUUCGUUCUUGGAUUUGGUGUCAGUUUCUGCUGUGUUUCAGCUCCGACCUAUGUCUCUGAGAUGGCACACCCAACAUGGCGAGGAACCAUUACAGGCGUUUACAACUGCACCUGGUACGUUGGGUCAAUCAUAGCCUCAUGGGUUAUCUAUGGAUGCUCCUACAUCGACGGCACCAGUGCUUGGCGGUUGCCAAUCUGGCUUCAGAUGGUGACCUCUGGUAUCGUUUGUGUCGGAGUCUUCUUCAUUCCCGAAUCCCCGCGAUGGCUCAUGGCGAACGACAAACACGAAGAAGCCGCGAAGGUCCUUGCCAAAUACCACGGCGAGGGCUCAAUUGAUCACCCCAUCGUCCAGCUUCAACUGAAGGAAAUGGCCAUUCAAAUCAGUACAGAUGCAUCAGACAAGUCGUGGUGGGACUAUAGCGAACUCUGGAAAACCCACUCCGCCCGUCGCCGCCUCAUCUGUGUGCUGGGCAUGGCUUUCUUUGGACAGAUUUCCGGCAACUCGCUCAGCUCGUACUACUUGACCGCUGUGCUUGAGAACGCCGGCAUCACAGACGAGAAGCGCGUCUUGGCGUUGAACGCGAUCAACCCCAUUUUGUGCUUGGGCGCCGCUCUUUUCGGAGCCCGUAUGACAGACGUUGUUGGUCGUCGACCACUUUUGAUCUACUCCAUCAUCUUCUGCUCCUGCUGUUUUGCCGUCAUCACCGGGACCUCCAAGUUGGCAACGGAUGAUCCCAGCAAUGUUGCUGCUGCCAAUACCACCAUUGCCUUUAUCUACAUCUUUGGCAUCGUCUUUAGCUUCGGCUGGACUCCUCUUCAGAGCAUGUACAUCGCUGAGACCCUCAGCACAGCCACCCGCGCCAAGGGUACUGCCGUCGGCAACUUUGCCAGUGCUGUUGGAAGCACCGUCAUUCAGUAUGCCAGUGGACCAGCUUUCCUCAACAUCAAGUACUACUUCUACAUUGUCUUCAUCUUCUGGGACCUCUUCGAAGCAGUCUUCAUUUACUUCUACUUCCCCGAAACGAAGGAUCGCACACUCGAGGAGUUGGAGGAGGUCUUCAGCGCCCCGAACCCUGUCAAGAAGAGCUUGGAGCCUCGGUCAGCCGAGACUGUCUUGAAGACUAUGCAGGUCGGACUGGACGAAAAGGAGGCGUAUGUCUAG